CUCUUCCUUCCGGGCACUUGGUAACAGUCAACUUCCCAGACCCGUUGUCGUUAGGUGGAAUCCAGGUCUGGCCAAGGAGGGGUGCCUGGGGUUGCCGUGAUGCUAAGAGCUUUAAACAUGUCGCUUCUGGGCUAGGACAUCUAAUUGCCGCUUUGAAGCCCUCCAAAAUGCUCUUUUCUCUGCCGUGGUCACCAGUGACCUUUCAGACAGUGACCGCUCCUUCAGCCCGGGUCCCCUAGUUUGGAAGACGCUGAGGUCAAGGCGACUGGCCGUGGGCAUAUCACGCGAGCAAGAAAAAAACUGUUACUGUUUUCGUGUUGGAGAUCCCUGUUACUGCUGCAUAACUUAUUGUACCCUGAUGGAGACAACCAAAUUAAUCAUCGGAUGAACUGUAUCAUUGAUAAGUAAUUCCUGUGGCUCUUCUCUUUCUCUCAGUGGUUGGCUAAGCGCAAGGUCAUUUCUAAGGAUGCAUCAGAAUUCGGACAAAGGAACAACCCUUAAUGUCAUCCUCAGAUACUUCCUCAGCCGCCUUACAAGGUUGCAGCCCCUUCACAUGUAUUCGGUGUGCUUGCUGGCUGGAUUGUUCUCUCUUGUUCCCUGGGGACCCGUCUGGGAAGUGCCCAAGUUCCACGUGGAUAACUGCCGGCGAGCGUGGUGGACGAAUCUGCUGUUGCUAAAUAAUUUCCUGUGGGUCCAAAACGCGUGUAAUGGCUGGACGUGGUACCUGGCCAACGAUUUUCAGUGCCAUCUCAUCACGCCGGCGAUCGUCCUCAUCCACAGAAAAAGUAAACAUGUCCUUGUCCUCCUCGGGGCCAUGCUGUUCUUGGCAUCUUUCACUGCCACAGCUCUGCUCACCCUGGCUUACUCCCUUCCGGUCGCAGCUCCGUCAGAAGCAAGUGAAAACGUGACUGUGUUGUACUUCUCCGAGUACUACACGAAGCCCUACUGCAGAUUCGGACCAUUCCUCGUGGGGCUCUUUCUGAGCAUUUUCAUGCACCAAAACCACCAGGCAAACAUUCUUAAAACCAAGACGCAGGCCCUGCUGGGGUGGACUUGCUCCCUGGCCACCCUGUUCGCAGUGGUCGCUCUGGCGUAUGCAGUGGAUGAUACUUCUGUCACCUCUUCACCUGCCGUUGCUCUGUACCAGGCCCUCCACCGGACCCUGUGGGCGGCAGCCGUGGGCUGGGUCCUGUUGGCAUGUCAGGAAGGCUAUGGAGGGCUGGUGAACAGGCUCCUCUCCUGCCACAUCUGGGCUUUCCUGGCCAGCAUCAGUUACGCUUGCUACCUGGUUCAUCCCAUCCUCAUCAUGCUCUACAACGGGCUUCAAGAAACGCUCAUUCACUACAGCGACACCAACAUGUUCUACCUUUUCUCUGGACACUGUUUGCUGACCUUCAUCACUGGGCUGGCCCUGACACUGUUCAUUGAGAAACCAUGUCAGGAGCUGAAGCGGUACCUGUUGGGACCAGUGCCUGCUGGGCCAUGAACAUUCUGGUAAAACCCUAGAGAAUGACUGGGUUUUUUUCUGCUGGCAAUGAGCUCAAGUAGACAGGGGCUCAUUUAUGUAACAAACGCUUGUGUUCCCGAAAAGCGGUGUGAAUUCUGAUUUGGUGAAUGCUUAAGAUAUACAAGUUCUCUGUGCUUAAUGCAAAAAGAGUUCUGAGUGUUUAUUUACUAUAUAAAAGAGUUCUGUGAUAGCCUGUUGGGUAGCACAAUAAUCACUCUCUGAUGUACCUUUUUAGAAAAAAACAAAAAACAAACAAACAAACAAAACCAAAGAAAAACAAUCUAGAUUUGUGAUAUCUUGUUCGGCAUGUACUUUCUGUACCAAUGAUCAGAGGAAAACAUCAAAUCUAGUGAGUUUAAUGCAACUUGGGUUAUAAUCACAUUUCUUGGUAAAGUCACAGUAUGUAGUUUUUCACAUCAUCGUUAUCUUUGUGUUAUCAUGAUACCUUUGAGGACUUGUAACUUUAUUUUGGAGCCUCAGGAUUGUGUGACCCACUAGCGUGCCCAGUUCAUGGGUGUGUCGUUACAGGCCUUCCAAACAUUAUCUAUUUUACAACACGGUCGCUGUUAUGGGUUGAAUGUGUCCACCGAAAAAGAUACAAAGUCCUAAUCCCGUCAUACCUUAGAACGUGACCUGUUUGGGGGGGGGGGGUAGUGUUUUUACAGAAGUAAUCAAGUUAAAAUGAGGUCAUGGGGGGAGGUGGCUCUAAUCCAGUAUGACUGGUGUCCUUGUAAAACAGGGAAAUCUGGACAUAGAGACAGAUAUGCACAGAGGGGGGAAGACGUGAAAACAGACAGCAAUAAGGCAGCCAUCUACAAGCCAAGGAACACCAAAAAUUUCAGGCAGACACAGAAGCUAGACGAGGCAAGGAAGGACUCUCCCCUAGAGUGUCAGAGAGAGCAGAGCCCUGCUGACACCUUGAGUUAGGACUUGCAGCCUUCCAGAACAGUGAGAUGAUUUACUGUUGUAAAUCAGCCAGUUGUGCAACCCUAGCAAAGAAUACGGUCCCUCAACAAAACUCCCAACAGAGAAGGACGAGAUCCAAUCAAUGGCUCCCAUCCCAACUCUUCGGUUUCCAGCAACAAGGCCUGGAAAUGGAGAGAUUUAUAAGGCCAGGGUGUCCAGGCUCUCAGGCUUGUGUUCCUUCCCGGGUGUGUGAUUUCACGUUAACCAUCCCUACUUGCAUUUGCGUAACAUCACUUAAAACAACGCUCUCUUUGUGUACUCAAUAAAUAAAGGGUUUAUCAGCAAUCACAGGGCUAUGAGGAGCUAAUUAGCACAGAAGACUCCCCAUCUCUGUACUGUGUCUCUCCAAGCGGAUCUGCUAAGACCACCACUGGAGGGUGGGGAGGGCUGUAAGCCUCAAAUCUUUUGCCAGAGCAACCGACAGCGAACCUUGUCCUUUUCCACCCCACCCUGGGGAGCCUCAUCUCCCGGAGGCUUGGUCUAUUCUCCUGGUAGAAUCUGACCUGAGCCAGGAGACAAGUCCCUGCCCGGCAUGUUCAGUGUCUGUAUCAGAAUGCACCAAGUUGGGUUUUUGGGUAACCCCCAAGUUCAUGGAGUUCUUUGGGAGCCCUCUGGUGGCUGAUUUGGCACCUCUGACUUAAUUAGGCCUCAGAGGAGAUCUUGAGGGUGUGUGACCUUUGCAGGAGGAACCCUACAGUCCGGAUGGAUGCUGGUGGGAAAUGACUCCCCCGCCAACACUGAUGGGCAGUCAGAUUGCCAAGUGCUUCUGGUUAUGAGGCUAGAAACUUGGGGCCGUGGAAAUAGCUUUCAUAACGACUAGUGACAUUGCCUUUGAAAGUUGUUUUUUUUUUUUUUUUAAUAAGGACAAAAAAAUACCCUCUCCACGAUUGCAAUUUCACAAAAUAUAAAGUAGGGAUAGAGAAAUCCAAUUUUGUUCUGGCUUUUGUUUCGAUCUGGAAUUCCCGAGGGGUUUAAGAUUUAUGGAGUAUGUGGAACUUCUUUCGAUCCCGAAGCAAACUGUAAAAAAGCAUAUGACAUUUAUGAGACAGCUGGAAAUUUGAACACAGCCUGGAUAUUCGAUGAUACUAAGGACUCACUGAUGUUUUAAUGUGAUAGUGGUAUUGUGGCCAUGUUUUUGUUUUUGUUUUUUUAAGAGGCUUUAUCUUUCAGCUGCAUCCUGAAAUAUUUAUGGACAGAAUGAUAAAAUCUGGUAUUUACCUCAAAAUAAUACCAGGAGGACAAGGGAGACCAGAAACAAGAUUGGCCAUGUCGUGAUACUUUUUGAAGCUGGGUGAUGGGUAUGUGGGGGCUCAUUAUACUGGUUUUUUUUUUUUUCUCUAUUUUUGUAUAUAAUAAACUGAAGCAAAUUUCUAGAGGCGGCGA